CUAAAAUUGAAAGUUGAGGAAGCGUGAUUUCGCUAUUUCACCAUUUCGGAUUUCAAAUCGCCUGUUAUUUUUAAAAAAGUGAAACAUGUCUCAGCCAGGCUUAAUUGGAAUGGGUGUGGCCAUUGGGAUGGCAGCACUCUUUGUCAACUUCUCAAUCCACAAAAUUGAGGAGGGUCAUGUUGGUGUUUAUUACAGAGGUGGAGCUUUACUUUCUUCAACAAGUAAUCCAGGAUACCACUUUAUGAUUCCAUUUAUAACAAGCUUCAGAUCAGUACAGACAACUUUACAGACAGAUGAAGUAAAGAAUGUACCUUGUGGAACCAGUGGUGGAGUAAUGAUUUACUUUGAUCGAGUGGAAGUGGUGAACAAACUAGAUUCCUAUGCUGUGUAUGACAUGGUCCGUAAUUAUACUGCAGACUAUGAUAAGACUCUGAUCUACAACAAGAUCCACCAUGAACUGAACCAGUUCUGUAGUGUUCACAAUCUACAGGAAGUCUACAUAGACCUUUUUGAUCAAAUAGAUGAAAAUCUCAGAACAGCUUUACAGAAGGACCUGACCACCAUGGCCCCUGGUCUACACGUACAAGCUGUCAGAGUCACAAAGCCAAAGAUCCCAGAAGUCAUCAGAAAGAAUUACGAGGCCAUGGAAGCAGAGAAGACAAAACUGUUAAUAUCUAUACAGAAGCAAAAAGUUAUAGAGAAGGAGGCAGAAACUGAGAGAAAAAAGGCUGUGAUAGAGGCAGAGAAGAAAGCACAAGUGUCCAAAAUAGAAUGGGAACAAAAAAUCACUGAAAAGGAAUCACAGAAGAGGAUUUCUCAGAUUGAAGAUGAUACCCAUGUUGCAAAAGAGAAGGCAAAAGCAGAUGCAGAAUUUUAUAAAGUUCAGAAGGAGAUAGAAGCUAAUGCAAAAAAACUGUCCAAGGAAUAUUUGGAAUACACAAGAUAUCAAUCCAUUGCACAAAACACCAAGAUAUACUUUGGUAACAGCAUUCCUGACAUGUUCAUGGAUCCAGUGAUGUCUGCUGCUGCAGCCUCAGUCCAGGAGCAGAAGUCUACGACAGAUUCAAAGGAGCCAAAGAAGAAGGCAUAAUUUGAACAAUACCAGUAUUAUUGGCAGCAUCGGGUUGUCUGUGAUAAAUUUUUCAGGAAUAAGUUUUAUCAACAAGUCAGAAUUUACUUCAUUUUGCUUUCUACGUGAAGGCCA